AUGCGCACACCCGCCGCUGGACCAUUAGUUGGGGAUGUAACGCAACAGUCUCCCGCCUUUUUCUCUUCCCUUGCCGACUUUGCUGAAAAUCGACGAAGGCCGAAGUCACAGCUGAAGACGAUCCCCUAUUCGUUCCCGAAGGUCGGGUCGGAUACAGCGGGGAAGCAUCGCUUCUCCGUCUGCCAUGACUACGGGGUCAGAGCUAACCACUCGGGUUUUGUUCGGGUAGAGGUAGAAUGACUGACCCCUGUCUUGCCCUUGAUGCUGCCAGGGAGGAUACAGCGAGCACGAUGACAAACGAGGCUACACGUUCACUUGGUGGCAUCUUAUCGACUCUUUCAUAUAGUACGUACUAUCUGUGCGACAGUUUCUCGUCGGACUUCAGCCGUAGCUCAACCUCUCCCUCGCUACACAGCUUCGCCCACCAUCGAGUGUCGCCCCCACCUCGAGCGUGGAUCCAAGCCGCCCAUCGUCACGGCGUCAAGAUGCUCGGCACCUUCAUUUUCGAAGGCGAUGGCGGUCCUCAAGACCUUCUCAAGCUGCUCGAGCACUCCAACGAAGAUGGCGUCCCACGACUUACGGCUGCGAGUCUGAGCUACGCCGACCGUCUGAUCGACAUGUGCGUCGAGCAUAGCUUUGAAGGCUGGUUGAUCAACGUCGAGGUGCCAUUCGUCGAGGGUCAAGAAGCCGAGCAGAUGAAAGCUAUGCUGCUUUGGUUGCGAUACCUCAAGGAUGAGGCCAGACGGCGCAUCGGCCCGGCGUCGGCAAUCAUGUGGUUCGUCGUCAUCGCGGUCCUUCGGAAUUACGUGACCUUUCUUUGGUCGUGCUGACCCAUCUCGUGCCCCGGCAGGUACGACGCCGCCAACCUUCUGGGCGUUGCAUGGCAGAACGAGCUGAACGAUUACACACUCCCCUUCGCCAACGUGGCCGACUCGAUCUUCCUCAACUACUGGUGGAGGGAGAAGGAAAUCGAAGACACUACGACCAAAGUCGCCGAGAAAUCGUCGAUGAUCGAGAUGGACCAGGUUUACUUUGGCUUGGACGUCUGGGGGAGAGGCCAAUUCGGGGGUGGAGGCUUUGCUUCAUGGAUCGCGUUGGACUUACUCGAUCGGGUGACCAAAUCGAGUUUGCAUAAAGUGUCAGCGGGGACGUCGCCGAAUGCCGCCUACUCUGUUGCCAUCUUUGCCCCUGGAUGGACCGUCGAAAGUCUCGGACACGACCUUACGAAUCCCAAGGGCUACAGCGAGUGGUUCGCGGAUGAAGCACACCUUUGGAUUGGAACAUCGCGACUACCCGACGCACCAACACCGCUCGCACCUGUUGGCAAGCGUGAGGAGACUGCUUCGGUCGCUCCAGCCGCAAUCGACAACGCCAAUCGGACCGCUCAGCUCACCUGUCUCGCAUCUGCGUUGUCCACUUCUUUGUUGGAUCAGAUCUCCAAACCGCUUUCGAACUACGCUCGGGACCAAAAUCGACCGCCACCGAAUCUGAACGGGUCGUUUUGGACGUGUUUCUCUCGAGGCUCAGGACAUGGCUUCUUCAUUGAUGGGAAGAAAAAAGCGGCGUGGGACAAGGGAUGGACCGACCUCAACAUGACGUUCCCUUUUCCUUGCUUGGCUAUACCCUCGACACAAGAGGGGAUCAAGACGGACCUGGUCGAGGACGAGGCAUGGUUCGGAUCGUGCGCGUUAAGCAUCGAGUCGACUCGCUCGGAGACGAUACAAGUGCCCAUCAGUGCAACAGACAUACCUUUGUUUAAGGUGCAUGGCGCGCGUAUGAAAUUCAUAUGGAAAGAAUCAUCAGCUCUGCAAGCCGAGCUCGGCCUCUUUGCGACCGACGCUCACGGUCCACUUCGGCUGGGGGACUUGAAGUCGAGUGAGGAGGCGGGAGGCUGGCAUGCUGUUUCAGCUCAGAUCGAGUCUGACGUCGACACCAGGGUUACCAGUUGCGGUGUCGAGGUUCCAGGAGGUUCGAGGAUCUUGGUUGGUUCAAUUUCCAUCCUCGCGGACGAUGGUUUAAUAGCGGUGACACCCUCGAUCACGGGCGUGCGAUGGGCAUCGAGCGGCGAGCGAAUCGAGUGGCAAAUUGAUGGCGCAGAUCCGAGCGAUGAUUGCGCGACCCCUGCGUUGCCUGCGUUGAUGUACACCGUAUGGUACACGCGCAAUGGAGAGGAGCCCAAAUUGCUCGGGGCCACCUCGGACGAGCUCUUCGCAUUGUCACGCUCAGACUUUCCAGAGACUACAGGACGUGUUGGAGUUCGAGCGAUCGCGAGCGACGGGACGCUCGGCCCCCUGGCGCUUGGUUAA